CAGCGAUGCUGACGCUAUCUUCGCCAUGGCUGCUGUUCAUCGAACACCCUCGUGGCACGAUGCCCAGUAUGCAGUUUGUCUGGGAGACGUAGUUCUCGUUGGCCAGGCAUGGAAUGUACCCAUCGUAGUGGGGUUGCACCAGUGGCCAAUUCAUUUCAGCCCCGCUUUCGCUCUGCAAGCCAUCUCUCAGUGCUCACCUCCUUUGACUCGUCACUCCGACAACAAUAGAUUCACACUCGUCAAGAACUGCCAUCAGGCACACGAGGGAUUGGAACUUUGGGUGUUGCUCGGUUGUGUUCGUGACCGUUCCUGCGCGUGACGGGCGUUAUAAGCCCAUCCUAGGUAUCAUCAUCAUUAUGGUACACAUACUCAUCGUAGGUGCGACGCGUGGGUUGGGCUAUGAGCUUGCGAAAGGGUAUGCUACCAACGGUUCCUUCGUCACAGGCACAGCUAGGUCCAGCCCACCAGAAGAUAGUCAAGAUAACAUCCACUGGAUCACCGGUAUAGAUGUAGCCGAAGAGAGUGCAGGCAAGAAACUUGCGGAGGACUUGCAGGACCAGAAAGUUGACCUUGUGAUCAUCACAGCCGGGUACUUCGGCAAGGAGAGUUUUGCAGAACCCGAUUUCGCGGCUGAAUUGACGAUGUACAAAACGUCCGCAAUCGCCCCUGUCUUCAUCAUACACCAUCUUCACAAAGCUGGCUUGCUGAAGACCGGGCCUCGGGGUAGCCAAAUCAUUCUCGUCAGCUCGGAGUCAGGGUCGAUCACUCUCCGCCAUCAGAGCGAAGGCGGAGGGAUGUAUGCCCACCAUGCAUCCAAAGCCGCGUCCAAUAUGGUGGGCAAGCUGUUAUCUCUGGACCUGAAAGACCAAGGUAUCGCAGUUGGUAUGGUCCAUCCGGGCUUCAUGCGUACGGAGAUGACUAAAUCUGUUGGAUUCGACAAGUUUUGGGAUGAUGGUGGAGCUGUGACGCCGGAAGUAGCUGCUAAGUCGCUCAUCGAAUGGAUCGAAAAUGACUUUGAUAUAAGCAAGACGGGGCAGUACUGGGCGCCCCGUGGAGCAGCAGAUAUUGGAACGGCUGAGUCGGUGCUCGGUCCAAAGGACAAGCUGCCAACACCGCUACAACUGCCCUGGUGAGGGCAUGGCGCUUGUUUACGCUUUUCAGGUCUGUUUCCGGUAGUAUGGUUUCGAACGAUUGUCGCGGUUUGAUACAACCAGAACCCAGGUUAUAGGGAUUGCAAGUCUAUGAUCCCAGUCUCGCGGUCUGGAACUCAUCCCGGAGCCUACGUUAUGACUGAGGAGGUGGUACGAGACCGAAUGUGCAAAGAGAAAUGUCCGAAUAGUACAGCGUUUACACAAA